CCGACUUGGUCAUUGGCGUUCCUGGAUUUAAUCUCGGAACGACAACAACAAAACUCAGCUGAUCGUCACAUCUCAGUCAGUGCGUGAGAGUCGUGGUGGUGAGGGGAUUACCGCUCCGCUAACUGUACGUGUCGACAUCACAUAGUUCCAGCAUUAAACCGUCCACAAUGAGUUAUUUCUCAUCUGUUACAUCCAGGGAUUCCUUAAGAAGCAGGAAAAUGAACAAUGCUGAAACCACCAACGGAUGUAUUGAAAAUGUUGAGUCGCCAGAAGAAGCAGAAGAGAUAAUGCCAGUUGUCUCACCGUCAGUAUGGGAGCUCCUGGCGUCUUGGGGCACCUACUACCUGCACAUUCCUUCCGCUGUUAAGAUCGGCUAUUAUUUCUUCACCCUCGUCGCCCUGUCCAUGAUUAAAGAGACGGUCGAAGUGCCGCACGUGGAGACGAUUACGGGGAAAUACAGCUUCUUUAACAGGAUAUUUGUGAAGAAAGGUUGGGCUUUUACGGUCUCCACGCUCAUCCUGCAUCAACUGACCUCCAUCACCCUGCUCAUCGAAUGGAAGGCCAGACUUAAGCAGUUUGUUGUCCGGGCCAUUACCACUACAUUCUUCUUCUACAUAUGGUGUGUGGUGAUCUUUAACGAGAUUGAGAAGUACACAGAGUCUUGCACAUAUAAAAAUAUCAAAAUUAAUUUACCCAAGAAAGAGUGCAAUAGACAAGAGGGACACGUGUACACUGCCCUUGACAUCUCCGGUCAUAUAUACCUCCUGACGUUCUGUGUCCUCGUCAUGAUGGAGGAGAGUAAGGAGAUCCUCUACUUCCUGUGUCUCGGAGGGUACUUACGCGGGGUGUCUAUAAACACGCCGGAGAAGAUCAUUUGGCCAAAACGUGGCGGAAAACUGUCAAAGAGCCUGCGUACAAGAUUUACCAUAGUUGCCCCUCUGGUAAUUUUCAGCUUUCUGUGUAUUUUCCUUCUGUCUCUGCUGUGGGAUGCAAUGCUCUUAGUAACAAUGAUUUAUUACCAUACCAUCUUAGAAAAGACACUUGGUUCAUUUCUUGCUGUGAGUAUGUGGUGUUUGUUAUAUAAAUACUUAUUUCCAACUAUUUUUGGUCAUAGAUUUUUCCAUUCGUAAUUUGUGUCUUUUAAUUUAUUUUUUAUGGAGAGAUGUGUUUUAAGUGAUAAGUUCCUAAAAGUACUUGUAGUGCCAAAUCAUAUCACUAAAUCACAUGAAUAGAACUUUCCCCUUAGUGCUUAUUUGGGUUAGGAUUCGUGUCUUGCAAGUUCACGAUAUAGCUGUUAGUUUUAUCCGUCUAAACUUGUGACCCAGGCAUUGUUGAGCAUUAUAUUAACCUCUUGGUACAGUACAGUAUAAUACAGUAGUACCAAGUGUCCCCUGAGAUAAAACAGUUUCAUAGUCCUGAGGGUUUGUGUUGUUUUAGAUAACUUGCAAGUAUGAUAAUCAUGCAUACAAACACAUGUACUUGAAAAUGAACACAAAUACGCAUACACAAGUAUCAACACUUAGUAAGUGUGUAGACGUAUACACACGCUGACUCAAGGAUGUACAAACACUCGCUCUUAAAGGUAUGCAAGAAUGUAUUGUUUCAUUAUAUUUUUAUAACAAAACACAACUAUUUCAGUUUAAAAUAUUCUCUGUGAUGUAGUAUUUGACAUAUACAGUAUAUGCUCCAAAUUAAAACUGCUCACUCAUCAACUUGAGACAGGUGGAAAGCUUGCUGGUAAGAAACAGGUAUACUCUGAUCCCACUUAUAUUCACUAAGUUAUAUGAGACAGUCUUUAUUUGCAUCUCCUUUUAAUACAGGUCUCUUCAUUAUGCUUUUACCUAACUCAAAAAUUUAUUAUGAUUUAGAUAUUUUCUAAAAUAAUGGAGGAAAUAAGAGGUGAAAGCAGAGGUUGUGAGAACAUGACUGAGGCAGGUGGUGUCAGCCAGCUUGAGUGUUUUUUUUUUUAAAGAUUAACUGUGGGAGGGGGAGGUUCAGUUCUAAGGCAAUUCAUCACUAUUUCAGUAUAAACAUAACCUAACCUAACGUAACUAUGGCUUCAUUGCCUCCAAAAUAAAAAUAUUAUAUAAAUUUAGGAAAUAUAAAACUGUACAGUAUUCAAUUGACAAGUUUAGGUGGGUAAAAAGUUCAGGAUUUAAGUUAGCUUCGAUGACCUUAGCGACACUGAUGCAGAGUAAUACUUCAUUUAUUUGGUUGAAUAAUGAAGUCACUAUUUUAUGUUUACUGAACACACCUGUCGUCACAAGUCAUUAAAUAUUUAAUAGGACUUUAAAAAUAUAUACAAAUUAUGGUCUUCAAGUAUUAAUUGGUUGAAAAUUGUAGUUAAUUACAUAGUGGUGCAGAUGUUGGUAACGUGUUAGUCUGGCCUCAUCAGUAAGGAUGAUGAGGUGCUAAUUAUAUCUAUGUGACCUAUCAUUUUGAUCCAUAUCGUUAAUGGGUCGUUAAGUCAGGUGGUGUGUAUACCAAGUGAGGGUAUUGCCUCUCUCACUAUGUAAUUAUAGGAGGUGGAACUUCUUCUGGACUCUAGGCACUGUAAUUAUCGACACAUUUUUGCCUGGGAGUUUUGACACUUGCUACAAAUCAGUACACUUACAGGUGUAGUAAAAGUAAGUGGUAGUUGAUUACGUCACAACUCCUCAUCUUGGUUGUCCCGGUGGAUAAGAUAUUUUGUUAAUAUAGAAUAGUUUUGAAUUGAUUGAUAUCACAGCAUAAGAGAACUGACAGGUAUAUUUGUUAUAUUUCCACUUCAAUAGAAACCAUAUUGAACUUUGAUGGAUUACUAAUGUAUAUAUUGGUAAAAUGACUCAGGGCCAAUAAAGUGGUAACCCCGAGUGGUGCUUUACGGUGAUUUUCAUACUGGAACGAAGUGUGAGCUGGGUAAAUAAAGAAAGAAAAGAAGAAGAAAUUAAUGCCCAGUAGCUGUAGGAAACUGUAUAGUGUACUUAUUGUGAGUGUGUUUACUUAGGACAAGCACAACACACAGGAUGCCUAAGGUAUGUGAAUAUAAUUGGGGUAAAUGAAGCCACAGGUAAGAAAUUUCUCCAUAGUUGGGUUAGAACUUUGGAUACAUUUCCUGCAUUUUAUAAGGCUAUGUGUAUACAUAGAUGUGUAUGUAUAUAUAUUUAUAUUUAUGACUUUUUACACACACACACACACACAUAUAUAUAUCUAUAUGUAUACUAACAGACAGAAGGGAAACAGACUAUUUAAGCUUUAUUUUGAAUUAUUUAUACAUUAUUGUAUAUGAAUAGCUGGGUUCAAACUUUUUCAUUUGUUACUUAUACACUCACACUGUACUGUAAUAAUGUAACUGUAUUUGUUAUAUAAAGUUAUUCAUUGUUAAGAAGGAUAAUAACUUAUUUUAUUGUUACAUUAAUGGUUCAUAUUUUUUGGUUUUCAUUCCAGUAGUAUUAAAUAGUUAACAACAUCUGACUAAGUGCGGGACUUCACAAAGAAUGGCCCAGGUUUACACCUUCAUGGUGACUUGGCUCUUUUACAUUAUAGAGUCUUCAGGCUUAAUGGCUGCCAUAUGUGGAAUAAUGACAGUAAUUCAUGCUAGUAAAUCUUGACCUAAGUCUCAAUGUUAAAUUUGUUUUACCAUUUCAUUACUUCAUGCUUCAGGAAAAUGUACAAAAAGAUGUAUUACAGUUUACUUAAUAUUAUUUUGAUGUAACUAGUCCCAACCAUGUCCAGAGUUGUGGCAGCGGUGGAGUGGUUGGCUGACUGUACAGUACAUUAUCUCGCUUAGCAGCUGGAUGGUCAGGAGGUGUUUGGGCUGUCACCACACACACAUUAUUUUUCUCUACGAUGGAUUUUAUAAUGGUCAUUGUAACAGUUGUAUAUAUUUGAUGGUAGAAGAUAUUUAGAUUUAGUGUUGACCUGAGUUUUGUCUCUGCACAGUAAAACAGUACAGUGUCAUCUUUAGGAAAUUUGUCUCUUUCCUAAUCUUUCAUGAGACACAAGAUCAUUGUCCUUGACAAAAAGUACUUGUAUACAAACCCACCAAACAACCACAUAAAGUGUGAACCAAACAUAUCAAUAACACUGACACUGUGUAUAACCUUUUUUGGUGUAUAUUUAUUACUGGUUCUCUGUAACUUUCAGCCUACUGUACACAGUAAUAGCAUUCCAUCCCAUUAAUUGAAGUUUUGGAUUACCCAAACUGUCCAUGUUUAAGGGGUAGAUGUCAACUCUAAAUGUUAUACAAUAGUUUAAUAUAUACCAAAGGUGUACAUUUAUGGUAGGUGCUGGUGCUUGGGCUCCCUCCCAGCAUACAUAAAACACCUCACUGUACUGUACUGUACAUGUAAACUUUUAAAAUGAAAUAUGAAGUUAGUGUUGAUGCCUUGGAGAUUAUACACAAAUUUAACAAACUAUUAAGAUAUAUUAAAGACUAUUCUACCAUGUUAGUUUUUGCUUAAUAGAAAUGUGCUGGGGUGAAUAUUAAUUAUGAAAUACAGCACAGUAUAUUAUUUUGUUAUAUUCUAUAUGUGAAGCAAUAAUCAUUAUCAUACCAGUGUCAAAAUUAUCAUGCAUUUAGCAAGUGUAAUGGAACCUUCCUCACCCACCCAUAGCCCACAGGAAAAGUAAACGAGGCAGACACCAAACUCUUCCUAUGGGUGAAGUACAGUACAGUAUGUCUUUAAAUAUCACAGGUUCGCACACCUUCGGAACCGACAUUAUGCGUUUAUCAAUUGAUCGGUUUUUAAUUUUUAUAUUGUCACAUUAAUUUCUAUAUCUUUCCAAAAUGCAAAGUAGGUACCAUAGUCUGUGAAGUAUAUAGGGACGAUGUGUACAUAGUCACUAGUUUAUGUGUGAGGAUUAAUAUCUUGUUGAAUAUUUCUUCUUCUCAGGUUAUAACUUAUUAAAACUUAUCUUUGUUAUUAAUUUUCUGCCAUAGUUGAUGAUUUUCCGUAUAUUUUAAAGAGUAGAGGCAACAUUAUCUCAAGAGUUGACUUACAUGUAAUAAAUUACUUCUUGGGAAAGGUCUUCAUUACUCUUGAAUCUCUCACAUUUGUACAUCAUGACAGAAAAAUUGGUAGUUAAGUUUAUUUAUUGUAUUUGUCCUUCAUGCUAAACAAUGUACUUAGAGCCUUUUAUUUUUUAUUUAUACAUAAUAGUUGAGUUUUUGUUGAAGACUUUUAUUGGAUCACCUGAAGAAUCUCCACCCCAGCAUAUUUCAUCUAAAGAUUAAACACCGUCACUUAACCGAAUCCAACUUAACUUUAAUGUAACCUAAUGCUAACCUAACUUAACUUGACCUUAUCCUCCCAAAUGGUGUCAGGUUGGUCAAUCUUUAGGUAAGAUAAGCUGGGGUGGAGAUUCUUCAGGUGAUCUCUUACAUUUAUGAGAUGUAGUUUGUAGCAUAUCUUUGAAAAAUAAAGAAUAAAAAGUGCCUUAAACUUAUGCAUUGAAAUUAUAAAAAAUUGUCUUAGAUUUUGCACUUUAGAAUAUUAAUGUAUUUACACAUUUCAGUUACUGUAGUGUAGUGUGUUAUGUAAGUAUUUAUGAUAAACAAAGUAUUUGCCAAAUUCAAAUUAAAUAUAACACUCGCUUCAAAAAGGUAUCAUUAUGGAAGUAAACGAUGAAUUUCAGAAUGAACACUGUGACUCCUGUUGUCUCGGUAGGGUUGUCAAAAUCCUUCAUCCAUUGUGUCAUAUUGUCUCACACAAAAUUGUAGAGAUACUUUUUGGAGCGAGAGUGCACCUAUAUUAUAUAUCUAUUUAUCUAUUAGACUAUGUUAAAUAAUACCUGUAUCAUCUAGCAGCGAGGUAUGAAAAACAAAACCAUUGCUGACCUGUUUGGGCAGAUCAUAAAAUUUAACAAGAGUUCAAUGGGACAGUAAAUUAAUAUAUAUAUAAGUAAACAAGUAGAACUAAUUACUGUGACUUAUGAGAUUAAAUAACUACAUAUAUGUAUCGAGAUUAACCGAGGUAAACUUAAAAAUAUAUUUACUGUCAGAGGAAUUAAUGUAAUUUUUUUUUUCCCAGGGAUAUUUUCACCUCAUUAGGAUUGUUUAUUGUAGCUUGUUCAUGGGAAGAGGUUAAAGUUGGUUAGAAAUAAACACAGUUGUCCCCAAAUAUACACAGUUGUCCCCAAAUAUACACAGUUGUCCCCAAAUAUACACAGUUGUCCCCAAAUAUACACAGUUGUCCCCAAAUAUACACAGUUGUCCCCAAAUAUACACAGUUGUCCCCAAAUAUACACAGUUAUCCCCAAAUAUACACAGUUAUCCCCAAAUAUACACAGUUAUCCCCAAAUAUACAAGGUUCACUACAAUGGUGUGACAGUCAUUCGUUAUCCAACUCGGCCAACAACACAUCAGCUUUCAAUCAUGGCUAUUACUCAACUGCUGCCCAUACUGACCAAGUCUGUCUCACCCAGCAGAAACUGACAACCAUAUUGAACAUUUAUCAUGACAGCACAUAACAUUAGCAUACACCAGUAUUAAUUUUAAGCCACUUAUAUUCAUUCUUGUACAAUCUCCUCUUCCUUAUAAAAAUUGGUAAUAUAAUUUAUCUGUAUUUUGUGAGAGAAUAAAGGAUUUUUCUACAAAAGUUGGAUAAGCAAAGUGGCAUCUAUCUUCAGGUACUGUAGACUACAUGAGUGGAAAUGUAAUUAUUCUCAGGUAAUUAUAUUCCAUAGUGAUAAUUUAUGUUGUCAAAGUAAUUUAUUUAUUAAAAUCAUGUUAGAAGAAUCAGAAACACUUGAGCACAAUUUAAUGUAUAUUUACCUUGCAACAAAUACUAAUGAUUCUAUGUAGAAAACUUAAAUGGGAUUAAUUAACUUACGAUGUUUUACGUUAGAUGAAGUACUGUACAAACCCUUUAUGAACUUGUUUGUCUCAGUAGCUGCACAAAGUGGUCAAGAAAUUUUUUAUACUCGAUGGAUGUUUUAAGCAGUGAUGUUACUAGUGGAGACAUUCAUUAGUGUAAACAAUGUGAUAUGAAUAAAUAGACUCGGUAUUAUAACCUUUCUUUAAAUCAUUUCAUUACUUUCAUUAUUUUUUAGACUCCUAUUGUACUGCCCAAGUUAGGUAAGUGAAAAAGUAGUCAGGAGAGGAUAGAGAUUUUGAAGUCCAUGAAUAAGCUCUGAGUAAAUCUAGAGAGGUCAGUAAUUCUCUGUAUUCCCAAAACAAUAUACCUGUACCUAUAUAGGCAUCCCCCGAUUUAACAUCCUAUGACGUCUCUCGGGGUCCUCUGUUGUCACCAUGGAAAUUUGUUGAACAAAAAAUUAUAAGACAAAA